AUGAGCCUUUUCAACAACUUCGUCCUCCCCGCAGUGGCGUUCGUCCUCAUGGGCGUCGUCCGACUGCUGGUGACUCUGAUCGUUCUCGUGGCGGUUGGGGCCACCUCGGUCGUUCGGCCCCUUGGGGUCGGCCCUGCGUUCCUCGUUCGCUCUUCGAUCACAAAGAGACAAAGUGACUGUGCUGAGAGUGACUCUCUCACCAGCGAUGAAAACAACAACAAGGAGACACUGUCAGGUGUUAAAAUGGCAACAACGACAACCACCCGCCAACCCGCCCCUGAGGAACCUCUCGACCUAGCUCAGCCAAUCACUCCUCCGCUGAUGAAAAAACGGCAGUCUGAUCUCGAAAAUCGUGAACUUAGCGUGCGGGAACGCGAGGAAGGCCUCAACGAGGACCGAAUCAAGUUCCAGCAUUGGGUCACAGGAAGACUGAAAUCCAUCCGCGAGCAGGAAGCUAAGCUCAAGAGGGAACGCGAGGAUCUCCGCAGACAUCGCGGCAUUGCUCUCAAACCCUAUCUUGAGUGGGAGCAAUACGAGCGCGAACGUCUGCAGGGUCGCAUCGCUCAGCUCGAGUCUGACAACGCUCAGCUGAAGAGGGAACGGAACGCGGCUGACCUGCGGAAGUCCGAUUUUGAGCGGGAGUUGACAGAGCAUCGGAGGACCAACGCCAAGAUCGUCGCCAAGAAGGUUGAAGAGGAUUUGGUUCGGAGACAGGCUGAGCUAGUUCGCCAUGGCCCAGUGGAAAAGUACUCUGCGAUCCGCAGAGCCCAAGAACUCGAGGGCAAGCUGGCCAGGGCCAUCGCCACCAUUUCCAAACUCAAGGAAAAGCUGAAUAUCGCCUUCAACUGCAACGGCGAGCUGAAGGAACAGCGCGACAAGUACCGCCGCCAACUUGCGGUUGCUCAAAGUCUGCAGCAGGGUUUUUUGCCCGACGCGGACGAUGACAACCCCAUGCACGGUGCCUACGACGACCCUGAAGCUUCGCACGUGGCCGCCUUGAGAGAGAUUGACCGGGCAGACCGCAAUCUCUGCAACCUCUGCAACCUCACCCUGACAGAGAAGAAAGACACCGCCACCCAGACCGACGCCUACGCUUCCGCAGACAAUGGACUAUCAGUUCUGGCUGAUGGAAGUGCCAUGUUCUCGGCUGAAAGAUACAAAGCGGCCCAGACCGAGUACCAAGAGUACCAAAGGCUGCUCGCAACUGCCUUCUCGCUUCAGAAGGAGUUGGAGGAGCUGGAGGUAAUCAAGGCCUCGGAACAGGCUCGUGCCGAAAGUGUGAGUACGGAGCGCGCCCGACAACUCGAGGAGCUCGACCUCACCCGAAGGAAGUACCUGAAAGCCCUGGACCACAUCCAAGGCCUUCGAGGCUCUGCUGAGGGGCUCCGAGAGAUGGCGGUUGAAGCGAAUACGGCAUUCGAGGAAGUCAUGGAGACCUACCAAGAUCCUGCCAAGUACAUGCAGUUCGUCACGCUGCUUGCUCCGGGUUGCAAACUCGAGAAGAAAUUGGGAGAACUUCCAAUUUCCGCCGAUACAGUCGUGGAUGGACUGAAGGAGACCGAGGACGGGAUGAAAUUCGCCAAUGAAGUCGCCGCGGUUCGUCAGCUGUUGGGUCUCCAGAAUUAA